AUGGACUGCCAGAUAUGUGACUGCCAUUCUGAAAUAUAUGCAUCUUACGAUUGCUGCCAUUGCAUAUGCAUCAGAUGCUCAUUAAGACUUGUGGUGUUGUACAAACAGCAUAACUGUCCAUUGUGCAAGACCACUACAAAGACGCUUCGAUUCAAUACAUCAGAAGCAAUUAAUAAAUCAGAAACUCACAAACCACUAAAGGAGAUAAAGACAUCCAUCACGAUUGUCUAUGAAAGUAAUGCUGUUAAGAAGCAUGUCGAAGAUCUUUUAUCAAGCAAAUGCCAAAAGUGUCUUAAAACAUGCUCAACACUGGCACAGCUCAGAAAACAUUACUCUGAGCACGGACUUGUUCUGUGUUCUGAAUGCAUCUAUGGAAGAAAGGAUUUCUGGGAUGAAUUCAAGCUGUACAAAAGCUCCACUAUCAAGGACCACAGAAAUGGAAUGCUUGGAGAAGAAGGAUUCAUCGGACACGUGUUUUGUGUUCAUUGCAAGAGUUAUCUCUAUGAUGCAGACAAUGCAAGGCAGCAUUGUAAUAUAGAGCAUGAAAUGUGCCAGAUAUGCGAUAUGGUUGGACUUAAAUAUAAGUACUAUAGAAACUUCAAGGAUCUUGAAAGUCAUUACAGGAAUGCACAUUACUGUUGCAUGUUUGAUCAAUGCCUUGCAAAUAAGUGUUAUGCAUUUACAUAUCAAACAGAGCUUUUGGCGCAUCUCACAAAGAUUCACAAGCUAGAUGUUACAUUGAGCAGCAUUCCAAAGAAAGGCGAUUGCGACAUGCCAGUGAUGGAUCCAUUCAAGAAAAGAAAUGUGAAGUGCAAGGUUGAUAUACUUGCUCCAAAUGGAAUGAUUGUAGAUACAAGACAAAGUGACAACAAACACACAAUGUCAAUACCAAACUCUCCGUCAUUGAAUGUUCCUACAUACCUAAACAGAAGCAUCCUUGAUGAUCAUAAGAAAAGCCGUGCAAGGCGUAAGUCAGUAAUUGAUUACUUCUGUACCACAGAUGCAAAUGAGAUUGAGUGUAUUAUAGAUGAAUUCAUGGCCACAUUCAUGACUGUAACAGAUGCAUUUAACAAGGUAUCCUAUUAUGUUGGUGAUGCACAGGCCCUGAAGAUAUUCGAGUCUGUCCGCUUUGAUCAUCGACAGAAGGAUGUUUCUGAAAGCAUCAAGAGCAUCCGUAAGAAAGUAAUGUUUCCUAAGUUUGUUCCAUUUGGCUCUCCAACAUAUACAGAACCAGAAAGAAAGCAAGCCCCGGGAUUUUCGGUCAUAGACAUAUCAAAGGGCAAAAAGCUGUAA